ACAUAUUGUCCCCACUAUCUACUACUCAAUCAAAAGCUUCUUUAUAUCUUCAACUCAUUUUCCUUAACCUAUAAACAAUAUUUCAUAUUUAUGUUAAUCUCCAAUUCAUCUCUUCCUCAUUGCUUAGAUUGAGUAAGGUGACAUAUUUCUAGCAAUAUCUAACAUGCUUGCUCUUCCACCUCCUCCUUUGCAUCCAACCACAAAUGAAACCAAACAAGUCCCUCUAGACCAAAUUGUCAUAUCAAAUGAAGCAACAUUUUCAACCACAACAAAGUUAAGAAGGCCACCAAAUCUAAGACAACUUAGGUUUCAAAGAACCAAUCCAUUAAUAUGGUUUGGAGCAAUAUUGUGUCUCAUAUUCAGCCUUGUACUAAUUUUCUUUGGUGUCACAACUUUGAUAAUCUUCUUAGCCAUCAAACCGAAAAACCCUACAUUUGACAUACCUAAUGCAAAGCUCGAUCUCGUAUACUUUGACUCACCUCAAUAUUUCAAUGGUGACUUCACUCUCCUUGCGAACUUUACCAACCCCAACACCAAGAUUGAUGUGAGUUUCGAGUCUUCGGACUUCGAGCUUUUCUUUUCAGAUGCGGUCAUAUCAGCACAGUCGAUUCAGCCUUUUACUCAAAGGAAAAAGGAAAGUAGGUUGCAAUCGUUGAACUUCAUAUCAAGCUUGGUGUUCUUGCCUAAGGAGCUUGGUGUGAAACUUCAAAGGCAAGUGGAGAGUAACCAGAUUGUUUACAAUGUAAGAGGAAGAUUUAAAGUUAGAAUGAAUUUGGGACUUUUUCAUUGGUCUUAUUUGUUGCAUAGUAGAUGUCAGAUGGAGAUGACUAGUCCACCAAGUGGUGUCUUGGUAGCUAGAAAGUGCAUCACAAAGAGAUGAAGUUGGGGUGUUGGGUUAGAAAUUCUUGAUAUGCUUGGUUACUUCUUUUUGCUUUAUGUGGAUUCAUAGUUUGUAGUAAUACAAUACAACAUUAGAUAUAACACUGAUAUUGGUACAUAAAUAUUUGUAAGAGUUUAAGAAGAUAUGAAUGAUUGAAUACAUACUGAUCUCAG